AGUUGGAGUGGAGACGCGAUAACGGUCAGACCUCAGUCGCGUUGCUUCUGUUACCACCCGAAACCCUCACUCGCUCUGAACAGGCACGAUGUGGUCUCGCGCUGUAGUGACGCGCGUGCAGGCUCUGUCCAGGACCUUCACUUCCUCGUGCGCCAAGCCCUACGCGGUGCCAGAAGGGCCAUGGGGUGCCAACAGGGCUGCCCGGCUGGAGAUGGCGGUGGCUUACAGGGGCUUAGACCAGCUGGGGCUGAAUGAGGGCGUCUGCAACCACCUGAGCGUGAUGGCCCCGAGAGCAGAUGGCAAAGGGGAGGCCAUGAUGGUUUUCCCUUAUGGACUGCACUGGAGCGAGGUGACCGCCAGCAACCUGGUGAUGGUGGACGGCGACGCCAAGAUGGUCGAGGGCGACACGGAGCCGGAACUCGCCGCCUCGUGCAUCCACCUGGGCAUUCGCGAGGUCCGUCCCGAUGCCAAGGUGGUCAUGCACACGCACCAGCCCUACGUCACGGCUCUGAGUUGCCUCAAGGACCCGCGAUUGUUGAUGUGUCAUCAGAAUUGCCUGAGGUUUUAUGACCGGAUCGCUUAUGAUAACGAUUACAGCGGGACGGCGAUAGCGAUCGAGGAGGGGAGGAGGCUCGGCCGCAUGCUGGGUGACAAGGACGUCCUGUUCAUGGGCCAUCACGGUGUCAUCACAACUGCCUCGACCAUUGCUAUGGCAUUCGACCAUCUGUAUUACCUGGAACGCUGUGCAGAGCUCCAGAUCCUAGCGCUGGCGACGCAGAAGGAGGUGGAGCUCAUCCCGGAGGCGCACUGCCAGCCCAUGUCCGACGUCUUCUGGAGGGACAUGCAGAAGUACGCGGACUCCCACUUCUACUCCAUGUACAGGCGGCUCCGGAAAACUCAGCCGGAUUUUGAACUGUAGAUGGCUCGUGCAUUGUAAUAAAUUUGGUCUAGGUUUGGACCAACUAAUCUACCA